GUAGAGAGUCAGUCAGUGGGUCAGUGUCCGGGUAGGUCUAAGUGGUGAGGAGUGGGACUCUUAUCGUGCACCUGACACCACGAUGGAUGACUAUCCGAUGUAUGGGUUGCUUGUUGGGUUCUCCCUCUGGGGGACCCUCUGGCGUCUCCUUUUUCCUCUGGGGUUCUGGCACACCUUUACGUGCAGGGUAGAUACCCGGGGUGGUGCCUCCACUAAGCCGUACACGAAGGAGGAGGAGGAGAAGAUGGCCGCCGUCCUGAGGGAAAGAAAGGAGAAGAAAGAGGCCAAGAAGAAGGCCCUACAGGAGGAGCAGGCGGCCAAGCUGAAGAAGAUAGAGGAAGAGAUGUCCAGAGAGAGAGAGAGAAUAAAGAAAGAAGAAGAGGAGAAGCUGAAAGAGGUGGAAGAGGAAGAGGAGGAAGAUGAAACGCUACUGCAAAGGAAGAGGGGGCAGUACACUGGCAGCAGGGAUGCUGAGAUGGAAAAACGGAUUUCAGAAUGGGUCGCCAACUUAUCCCUGGGYGAAGAAGAAGAGGUGGCGAUGUGUAUCCCCAAGGAUGAUCAGGAAGCCACUAUGAGAGCUUGGGACGCAGAAGAAGAUGUCAUAAAGCGGCAGGCGAUGGAAGAUGAGAAGAGGAUGGAAUGGAAACUGGCAGUGAUGAGGGAGAAGAAGAGGAGAGUGGAUGCGGCAGCGGAGGCGGCGGAAGAAUUGGAGGAGGCAGAGCAGUAUGACUUCAGUAGGAGUCAGCAUACAGUUGUGCGUUCAAUACGAUUGGGAUUUCGGGACUUUGCUCGUGAGUUGGUGGGAGCUGUAGGAGCCGAGGUGGGCCACCGCCUCGACAAGACUGAGCGGUUUUGUGCUGGCGCCAUUGAAGGCGUCAAGGCGGCAGCUCCCAAGGAGGAGGAAGCACGUCCUCGUCGGGAGCCGGUCAAAGUCAAAUUCCCUGAUUCCUACAGUGGAAAACGGGAAGAAAACUUUGACCAUUGGGAGGCCAAUGUCAAGACCUAUGUGCAUUUGCAACAGGUCUCCCCGGAUCAGCAUGUUCUAAUUGCGACCCACGCGCUUAGAGAUGAGGCUGCCAGCUUCGCAAGGUCCCUCGUUCGUGCUGCCAACUGCAAUGAUGAUGCAGUUGCAUACUCGUCAUUCACCCCCCUCGUUGACUUUCUGAAAUUGUUGCGCGAGCGGUUUGCAGAUGUCGCUCGAAGUGUCAAAGCCUCAGAUAAGCUCCAGACAAUGCACGCUCAGGGAGUCCAGGCGUAUUUUCGCCUAGAGAAGGAUGGGAAAGUAGAGAAAGUUCUCCAUUCCCUGACUCUCCUCGUAAAGGAUAGCCUCCCGUUCGAUAUAGUCCUGGGUAUGGACUGGGGAGAGGCAGCCGGGGCCACACUCCACUUGAGGGAGCAUGAGUGUAGGCUCCCUAGUCCGUCAGGCGACGUCAAGACUGCGCGUCUGUACCAUGUGUCAGGAGUAGAUGACUCCUUGGCACAUUGCUGCCUUAGUGCUCCUGCAUUUGCACGAUUAGUGAAAAGGGAGCAGCUAGAAGAACAGGUCUUUGUAGCAUAUGUUAGGCCAGUCACUGAGCCUAAGGAAGAAAAGCCUAUGGACCCUGCUAUAGCCAAGUUGCUGGAAGAGUUUAAGGACCUAACUGAGCCGCCGACAGGGACAGUGCCGCGGCCCAUCCAACAGCGUAUUGAGAUAGAGCCUGGGAGUAGAACUCCUAAGGGCACCGUGUAUAGGAUGUCCCCACGGGAGUUAGAGGAGCUUCACAAGCAAUUGGACGAGCUCCUUGAAAAGGGUUGGAUUAGGCCCAGUUCAUCUCCUUUUGGAGCACCUGUUCUCUUUGUCCCCAAGAAGGAGGGAGAGCUAAGGAUGUGUAUAGACUAUAGGGGUCUGAAUGCUAUCACCGUGAAGAAUGUUGAGCCGCUGCCUAGGAUAGAUGAUCUCCUAGAUAGAGUGCAGGGGUGCAAGUAUUUCUCUAAGAUAGAUUUGAAGUCCGGAUAUCAUCAGAUAGAGGUUCACCCUGAUGAUCAGUGCAAGACCGCGUUCCGGACUAGAUACGGGCACUAUGAGUUUAUUGUGAUGCCCUUUGGACUAACCAACGCGCCAGCAACUUUCCAGCGGUGUAUGAAUGACCUGUUUAGGCCUUGGUUAGAUAGGUUUGUCGUAGUUUAUCUGGAUGAUAUCUUAGUGUUUAGCAGGACCCUCGAAGAGCAUCAGGGUCAUCUCAAGCAGGUCUUGGAGAAGCUGAGGGAGGCUAACUUCAAGAUCAACGAAAAGAAGUGCGAGUGGGCGAAGACCCAAGUUUUGUAUUUAGGCCAUGUCUUAAACGGAGACGACAUCAAGCCCGAAGAGAGCAAUAUUGCAGCGAUUAGAGAUUGGCCGACACCGAGUACGUUGACAGAGUAACGGUCGUUUCUAGGGCUAGCCAACUACUAUAGGAAGUUCGUGAGGAACUUCUCCACCAUCGCUGUGCCCCUUCGCAGAUUGCUCAGGAAGG